AUGGGUUGCAGCACUAGUAUUGGGACAAUAUGUCUGCUACUUGUAAUAUGGCUAAUUUACAAAGUGGUGAAAAGAAGAAACGCCAUCAUGUUGAGGCAGAAAUAUUUCAAAAAGAAUGGAGGUCUGUUACUGCAACUACAUUUGUCCACCAAUAAAAGUAAUUUUGAAAAAGUAAAAUUGUUUACUUCGAAUGAGAUGGAAAAGGCGACGGAUUACUAUAAUGAUAAUCGAAUCCUUGGUCAAGGAGGCCAGGGAACUGUUUAUAAAGGAAUGUUAACAGAUGGGAGUAUAGUGGCUAUUAAGAAAUCUAAAGUGGUGAAGGGACAGAAAUUUGAUGAAAAGAAGGUUGAACAGUUCAUCAAUGAGGUAAUAAUUUUAUGUCAAAUCAACCAUAGGAAUGUGGUUAAGCUUUUAGGAUGUUGUUUAGAGGAUGAAGUCCCUUUGCUGGUGUUUGAGUUCAUCCCAAAUGGAACACUGUAUGAUCUCAUUCAUCACCAAAAUGACGAAUUUCCAGUGACAUGGGAAAUGCGUUUACGGAUUGCAAUUGAUAUUGCAAAUGCUUUGUUCUAUUUGCAUUCAGCUGCUUCUGUUCCUAUUUUUCAUCGAGACAUCAAAUCAAGCAACAUACUUUUGGAUGAUAAGUACCGGGCGAAAGUGUCAGAUUUCGGAACUUCGAGAUCUAUUACACUUGAACAAACUCAUUUAACUACUCGAGUGCAAGGAACUUUUGGUUACAUGGAUCCAGAGUACUUUCGAUCAAGUCAAUUUACAGAGAAAAGUGACGUGUACAGUUUCGGAGUAGUCCUUGUUGAACUUUUAACAGGACAAAAACCAAUCUCGAAACAAACUGAGGAAGUGAGAAGCUUGGUGGCGUGCUUUCUACUUUCAAUGCAGGAGAGUUCGUUAUUUGACAUUCUGGAUUCAAUUGUACAAAAUGAUGGUCCAGAAAAAGAAAUUACAGCAGUGGCUAAACUAGCAAAAAGAUGCUCGAACCUUGAUGGAAAGAGAAGACCCACCAUGAAACAAGUAGCAAUGGAGCUGGAGCUGAUACAAGCAUCGGAAGAAUAUAAUGUUAUUGAACGAAGUGGUGAUGAAGAAUCUGAAGUAGAUGAGAUUAUAGAAUCCUGGGAUGAUCUUCCUUCUUCUUCAACCACUAGAUCAAUUAUAACUGACAGUGUAACUUUGCCAUUAAAUGCAUCCUUUUAG